AAUGGAGGAUAGACACUUCGGGGUGUUAGACUGGUUGAUAGUUUACAUUAUCAACCCUUUGUUGAUUGGUUUUUUGAUCCAGUACGGUAUUUUUAUUUUUACACGUAUUAUUAAACCCCCACAGCGCUUAUACCGCUUCCAGGUUGCCAGGGUGACCGGACUUGCGAGUGUAUCCGGCUCCCAUGGCAACGGACG